AUGAAUGCUGAACAAACACAAGAGGAGUCACCCGUCAGACCUGCAAGACAGAAACACAUUGCUGCUGCUGACGUGAAGGAUGUUUCUGUUAACCUGUACGCGACUGAUGACGUGUCGGAUGCUUCUACGUCACAACAGCACAGUGAUGGCGUCAAGGAAGUGAGUGCAAGCGCCAAAAACGAAAUCGUUAAUGUGCAACAGGAAACCACAACAGAGGAAUCACGAUGGUGUUGUGAUUGGAAAAAAACACAGGAGGACUUGCGAAUACAACUGGUGUUACAUUUUAGUCACACGAUGGCUCGUUGUUGGAGGAAUAAAAAAAUUUAUAAGAAAAUCCCUUCUAAGAUGUUGCUGCUUAUAGUUAACGUGAUUCUUGUCACUUUGCAGCUAAUCAUCUUUGCCAACGAACGGUCCCACUUCGCUACUUUUCUAAACCGAAACAACAUCGCCCUGAGACAUCUGUUGCUGAAGAACUGGUCCAAAGAUUACGAGACGAUGCCGUACCCACCGACAACGGGUACCUACGCUGUCUACACCAUUGACGAUCUCAAGGACCACGUAGAAUAUGCUGUUAAUGGUAUUCAUUCCUUACCCACGAAAGCCGUUGGAACUUUUCUUCUGAAUGCUAAUAACUCGACGGUUCCACUUCGAAUAUGUGCUACUUAUUUUAAAUCUGGAGUCUUUAACAGCACGUUUGAUCCUCCAGUUAUAAAGAUUGACCGGACAAGGGAAACACAAUGUAAGGAUGUCGGAGCCAACACUACAAAUUACGGUCUACAUCCUAGCCUUGAUGACCUGAUAACAAGCGAGAAUGGCGUUUUAGUUCGACUUUUAGAGCUGACGUUAGACUUCAGUAUAUCGUCAAUUCAUGUGGAUAUGAGACGAGAGGAAAGGCCUCCGGAAUGCUUUGAAAUAAUCGGCAGGGUUACCUUUGACAACUACGAAAUCCAUGGCCAGAUUCCAGUUACCCUGACAACAUCCAUUAAUGGUUUCGAGUGUGAAGGGGAAUCUGCGAACAAUGGUGGAAGUAAAGAUAUUCCACUGGUAGUGCUGGUGAUCGUAGCGAAUUUGCUCAGCAUCAUAGCCAGUGUUCGAUCCUUCGUAACAUCCUGUAUAUUAUGGCUAGAAGUGAAGCACUUUUUCCAGCUGAGAGCACAACAAAGCGAAAACAAAGAGCACAAACCAUUGUCAAAAAGGGGAAGUUGGGAAAUACUACGAUUCCGUGACGUCAUGCUUGUAAUUAGUGGUCUUUUAACCAUCCUUGGUUCAUUCAUCAAGAUACGUUAUGACGUAGGGCAAUUGGCCACAUCUGAAAGUUUGGACGCCUGUGGAAUCCUGCUUGGACUUGGCUGUUUGAUGUUGUGGAUGCUAUCUCUUCACUACUUAGCCUUCAACAAGGUCUUCAGUCUGUUAUUCCUCGUGUUAGACAGAUCAGCCACGUCUAUACUGCGUUUCCUAGUCUGUAUUUUUGUCAUGUACUUCGGGUUCGCGUUGUGUGGAUGGGCGGUGCUUGGGCCAUACCAUCUGAAGUUCUUGUCGUUUACCGCAACAUUCCAAUGCCUGCUGGCUCUUAUGAACGGCGAUGAGGUGUACGUUACAAUGACCGCUGUUGACGAGGAAAGCCAAGUCGCCUACUGGUUCAACGUCAUAUUCAUUACUCUCUUCAUCUUCCUCUUCACUAUCAUCACAUUGAAUGUGUUCAUCGCCAUUUAUAACACAACCUAUGAAGAUAUCAUGGAGGGAAAAAACAAGAGUGAUCUGAUGACGUUUAUUGGGGGCGAGUCCGAGGUACUGCUGUAUUCCCUGAACUGCGAGGCGUGCACUAAGGUUGCGCCGCCUAUAUUUGAUGCGUCGUGUAAUGCAGACGAGGUGACUGGAUUGCAGUAA